UCUGUGUUCUCAACCACUCGAAUUUUAUUAUAUAAAAAAGUAGGUACUCAGUGAUUUUAUCGUUUGCUUUUGCCUCAAUAAAAUUCGAUAGAUAUGUAUUUAGCGACCACCUACUCGCUUUAUCGCACAACGGAAGCAGUUUCCCGUUGAACACUCCACUUCACACACUCCACAUCUCCACUUGUACAUACAAGUUUCAUACCGCAAACAUGAUUAAAAUUACCGCCCUCAACGAGGUCGAUUCCGGCGAAGACACGGGAAUGAAAGUGUCUAAGGAAGCGCUCGAGCAAAUCGCAAUUCAACACUAUGCAACAGCACUCGAUCUUCAGAGUAAAGGUAACGUAGAAGACGCCAUCCAACUUUAUAAAGAUUUGUUGGGCACUGAACUCCUAGACGAUGUCAAAAAGCCUGAUUCAGGCGAAUCGUCUACGCAGAUUUUUCAUUUGAAGUACCUCUGUUAUAAAAACCUCGCAACAUCGUCUAGCUACCUGGGCAAGUUGGAGGAGGCUAUAGAAGCUUACGAGGCAGCUUCUGAGCUAGACAAUUCUGAUGUUACUCUUUGGCACCAAUUCGGACAGGUUUGCAUGCAAGCCAAUCACUUUGAAAGUGCUCUUUACGCUUUCCAAAAAGGUGUAGAAUGUAAUCCUCGACACUGGCCAUGCUUGGACCAUUCCCUUACUUUACUAUUAGCAUUAGACUGCCCUGAACAGUGCAUAGUUACAAUUCACCAUGCUCUGAAACUUGACCCUGGCUACUUACGAGGUUUGGUGUAUAGGAGACACAUCUAUUCAGUCUAUAAGCAUAUAAGAGAGUACAUAGAGUAUGUGGAUCCCAUUUAUGAGUGGAAAGAGGAAGAUGAUGUACCCAUAGAUGAGGAGAAAGCUAAAUUAUUAAUAAAAGAAGCAGAAACUAUCUAUAACGCCCAUGUGGAGCAGCUGAAGAGUGAGAAGCUUGGGUUGCCAAAUCUUACACUGAAGAAGCAAAUACCAAAGUUAACUUGGGAGUCCAUCGGAGACUCCUUGGUUCAUAUGCAUCACUACAUAACUGAAAAUUGCCUGAGUCAUGCUUGCCUUAUAGAGAUUCAACUGGAAGACUCCUCUGUAAUAAUAGAAGAAUUUACAUCCACUAAAAUAGCCCGAAAAGGGAGCUAUGUCAUUGAAAGUAAUAUAAAGUCUGAGAAGGGCAAGACCAAAAAAUGUACACGCAGUCGUGAACCAAACCUCCUAAAACAGUGGUAUCGGUAUACCAAAACUCUAUCAACUCGAGGCCAAACAGCGAGCCAAAGAAAUCAUAAAAUUUAUAACACUUUGAAAGAUCUAUGUAGAGAAAUACAAUUUAAAUUUAACACUAAUAAAAUAUUUGAUUUAGUUCUUUUCCCCAUUGACAUGACUGAAGAAUAUUUUGGUACAGAAUCUGAAGAAAAUGAUGCUAAAGAAUAUAUUAUAAAACACACAAAGAAUAGGAGGGAUAUUAUAUACUUACUCAAUGACUACCUUGCUAUAUUGGCCUGUAAGUGGAAAAGUGUAUGGCCCACUGCCUUAGCCAAGAUAUUCAUUGAAGCCAACACAUGCUACAGUACCCAUAUAGAUAUACCAGCAUUUGUAAAUAAUAAUAACGAAGACCUUCUUUUUUAUACCAGAGUAAAUAUGUUAGCAGAAGAGUUGGCAGUAAAAGAAAAGUUAAAAGAAUCUACCCAACAAGCACAUGAGCUUAAUAUUAUAGACUCAAUAGAAUUAAUACUCACUCUAAAUCCACAAAUAUUCUCAAGCGAUGAUCAUUCAGAACUUAUACAGCGAGUACUCAGACUAAAAAUCCAUGUCCAUGUUUUAAAUGGUAGUAAAGAUUCAGCUUUAGAAUGUGUCUGUCAAUUAUGUUAUGAGAUGCAUGAAGAUUUAACUUAAAAAAUACACAACAAUUAUUUCUGGAUUAUGUUAAGAUUAUUUGCUGAUUUUUCCAAAGAUUAUGUUAUUCAUGUUAUUGCCAUACCAAAUUAUACAAAAUACUACUAUGAUAA